CAAUAAUUGUCAUAUGUCAUAAUGUCAAUCAAACAAACAAAAUUUAUAUAGAUAUCAUCAAAUUCCAUCGUUUUAUAUCAUCGUUCAUUAUGAAUUAUUAGAUAAAAUAUUAUUUUAUUUUGUGUUUACGACACCGGCUUCUAAUUAAUAAAAUGAACGUAACUCUGACAAGUUUAGAAGCAUUAAUCCUAAAAGCUACUCAUGAAUCAUUGCUGUCUCCGGAUGCGGCCGCCGUAGAAGCAUUCUGUGCAGUUAUGCGGGAACAUGUUGACGGGCCUCAGCUGGCGGCUCAGGCCCUUGCAGCAAGAAUACAUACACUGAAUACCCGUGAAGCUUUCUUGACUCUUACUAUGAUAGAUCGCUGCAUGCGUCGAUGUGACGCUAAUUUUCACGCUGAAAUCGGAAAAUUCCGGUUCCUAAAUGAAAUGAUAAAACUUGUUUCUCCAAAAUAUUUUGCCGAUAGAACACCGCCCGAAGUUCGAACAAGGGUGCUGCAAUUGUUACAUGCAUGGUCUAUCGAGUUUCCCAAGGAAUCAAAAUUCAAAGUUGCAUAUGACAUGCUAAAAAAUCAAGGUGUCAUAAAAGAGACGCCACCUCCUCUCCCGCCGGAGGACACAGCGGCGUUGCCACGGACGCGAGCUAAAAGCGCGAUAUUUGAAGAUGAAGAAAGAUCAAAAUUACUUAAGAAAUUAUUACAAAGCAAAAAACCUGAAGAUCUUCAACAUGCCAAUAGGCUCAUAAAAACAAUGGUCCGUGAGGAAGAACGUCGCAAUGAAGUGAAUAGCCGUCGAGCUCAGGAAGUGACUACAGCUUUAGACAGUGCUGCACUGCUGUUUGACAUGCUAGAGCAUGCUUCGACUGUGACUGCAGAUGAAGAACAACUGAUCCACGAACUCCACGCCAGCUGUGCUCUGCUGCGCCCUGUGCUUCAUAGGCUGAUUACCUCUGACUCAGAGACACAUAAUUUAAAUGAUGUUCUGCACGCAAACGAUGUAUUAGAUGAAGUCUUUGAAAAGUACAAUCAAUUUGUCGCCGAGAAAAAAGAAAAAAGUGUACCAGCUGUAGAAGCAACACCAGAGUCAAAUAGUCAAAGUCUACUAGAUUUUGCUGGCGCCAGCAUAUAUAAAAGUGAGAGUGGAGAUAUGCCAAAGAAAGACAUAGCUAAAACUAAUGUUAUAGAUGAAUUGGGAGAUAUAUUUUCUACUGAGAGUAGUAGCAGCAAUAUUGCAGAACCAUUAAAGCCUGUUAACUUAAUAUCUAAUGACGAUGCUGACCUCCUGUCUGAAAAACCUAGUAAAACUGAGGGUUGGAAUGAACUAGAUUCAAUUGGAGAACAACUUAUGAAACAAUCAUUGCCAAAUAACGUGAAGCGACUAGAUGGAUUUAAUAGUAAAUCAGCUAAGAAAAUACCUAUGAACGCAUUAGAAAAGUCCCCUAAUCAUGAGUCAAAAAUUUCUAAUAAGGACCCUAUAUUGGACUUGGAUUUCUUUACAAAGAAACUAGAAGAAGUUAAAAUUACACCACCUUCACAAUCUCCAAAACCUGUCACUCCAAACGAUGAUGUUAUGGUGGACAUAAGUAUAGAUGUAAAUUUGUCUUCGAAUAAUAUACUUAAUAAUAAUUUAAAGAAAGACAAUUCCAUUGACAAAAUCUUGGAUAUAAGUUUGCCUUUAGAUAAUGAUGCCAAAUGUGAUAAUGAUGAAGUAGCGGUAGGGAAUAAGGAUGUUAAUUCAAUUACUGAAAGUGAGAAGAGGGAUAACGUUAAGAAUAGUAAAAAUAGUGAUGUGAAACCUUUGUCGGAUAUAAAUGUAACAUUACAAAGUGUACAGCCCAGUAAUUUGCCACCACUGACCGCUUUUGAGGAAGAUGAAGGUGUAACGGUGGUGUUGCAUUUCUGUAAAGAUAAACCACGGCCUGAUGUCAAUGUAAUUGUAAUAUCAACAACUAGCAAAAAUAGAUCACCCAUUGAGGAUUACAAAUUUCAAUCGGUUGUACCAAAGGGAUGUAAAGUUCGUCUGCUGACGCCAUCCGGCACAACACUGCCCGCGUACAAUCCGUUUCUACCGCCUCCAGCCCUAACACAAGUAAUGUUGAUCGCUAGGCCGCCGUCAUCGCCGCAAAUCAGCCUAAAAUUCGUCAUCACGUACACAUGCGAUGACGAAAUGUGUUCUGAAAUGGGUGAAGUGAAACAAUUACCCCUGGAUGACAUAUAGUGUAACUAUUUUGUAUAACCAAAUCGAUACAUUUUAAAUCAUCGCAUUAUCUUAAGAACGUCGCACUAUUAGACUUGCUCCUUUUACGAUAUUGCUCCUUUUACAAUAUUGUUGAUUUUUAUUUUUGUAAGCUAAUUUUAUUCCUUUAGACUAGUGAUCAGCAGGGCCUAUAGGCUCAUUUUAGGAUGCGACGUGCAUUUACAAGUAUGUUCUUGAGUAUAUGUUUGUAUCGGGCUGGAUAUUUUUCUUAUAUACUGCGACCCGGCCUAGCUUUGCACGGGUAUAAAUGAAGGUGUAUUGUACAUUCAAACCUUCUAUAAAAUAUUGUAUAAAUUACUGUGAAACCGGUAUUAAUAUCCGUUGCGUGGUUUAGAUGUAAGCGGAGACAGAUGGACUCAGAUAUCAAGUUUGUUUUAUACUGUUUAGAAAUUAUUUGUAAUUAUGAAAAGUGCAAUUAUGUUCAUCAGUUUUCCAGUACCGUAUAAUAAGAUAUCUCCUUAGUUUUGAAGUAAUUAGCGUUGUGUGAUAUAUUCGGGACUACUAAGAGUUAUUGACAAUUUUUUUUUUUUUACUAUUGGGAGUGGCAAAUAAGCUGACAGCCCAUUGUAUGGAAAAUGGUAAAUUCCGCCUAAAAAACACGAUAUACACUAUAUUGCCCUAAUUCCUGAGAACUAUGGUACUAUGUCUCUUAUCUUAUAUAUUGCAAUAGAAAUCUUAUCUUUUACACCGAAACAAUGCGCACAUUCUGCUUCAUUAUGUCUUCAUCAGUUACUUAGAAAAUUAAAACUAUUACCAUAUAGCGUAUUAAAUCAUAGGAAAAAAUUAAUGUAUGAGAAUGAAUUAGCAAAUGGGCCUGUGCUAUUAGUUUACAUUGGCAAGGUACCGGUAAAGAUGGCGUCGUGUAAGGUGGCCCAUUAUUGUCGAUGGUUUCCAAGAGGAUCACAAAUUUAUUUAUUUAUUUACUCAUUUUUAUAACGAUGCAAUUACAGAUCUUAGCUAUGGCGACAACAUUUAACAUUUGCUGUGUUAUUUUAGACUUGAUUAAUUAGAUCGGUUCAGUCCGAGUUUUAACAGGUUUUUUUUUUUUUAUAAUAAGUCUGUUAGAGAUCUGAACUCUACAAAUACAAUACCAUACAAUACCAUUUGAAUAAUGUGAUGAAGCUUUAUUGCACUAUCCGUAUUAAUUUAUUUUUAAUAUCGUUUAAUAGUUUAUAAAACUAUAUUUUAUAUUUUCUCUGUUAGAUCUAAUUCAAAAAUAGCUAUACAAAAUUACGGUUAUUAUGUUAUUAAAUUAUUAUGGUCAUAUAUACUGGACAGUGUAAUGUACCCUCAUAAAUGUGAGACUUACUACUUAUUAUUUGAAUGUAUCUUAGAUCAUGAACUAAAAUUGAAGACUGUUCACUAUUUCUGUGCGCUUGAUUGAAUCCUUAUAUCCAAUAAGUGUGAUUUAUGCAUUAUACUAAUGCGUGUCUACAGAAUGCUUGAUGAUUUAUUGCAUUAGCUACUUAAUAUUGAAAAUGUUAGACUUUGAGUGAGAGAUGUAUAUUUUGUUCUAGUCGAAAUUGUUCUGUUGCAAAUAGUUUACAUUCCCAUAAAAUAUUUGACGUACUUAGUUUUGAUAAUAUUUUUAUGCAUAGUAUGAAUAAGUAUUUGUAUUUUAAAUUGAUUGAAUUUUAAAAAGAUCUGACUCGGAAAAAAAUAUUAUAUUCAGUAUUAUAGCAAAUAUUAAUAACUGUAUUGUUCAGAGAUGUAUGUACUAUAAUUAUAGAUACUUAUGUACUGUACUUAUUAUACUGUACUAUAAUUAUAGAUAUUUAGUUGCAUUUAUAUGUACAAUUUAAUAAUUAAUAAUACUUUAUUAUUUAUUAUGCUAUUGCCGUGCAAUACCCACAAUUGGUGAAUUGGAUAUGUAAUUAAUUUUCUAGAAUAUAAUAUUAUUAUAGUUA